AAAGAAGAACCGGAGGUCCGUAAAGAGAAACCAGAGGCCCCAGCCAACAUUCCAGGACUUGUGUUCUUGUAUGAAUCCGAUAAAGAAUCUGAUAUAGGAGAUCGUCUGGAAAAGGAUCCAUCCAUAGGAAGCGACUUCUCCGACAUAGAGGACAUGGGCACCAUGGCCAGAUUUUCUCAGGAAGACGCACCUCCGCCGGAUCAUCUUGUGGCAGCCACCACAGCCGGGACAUCAACACCCAGUUACCUUAGGAACCCUCAUCAGUUGUACAAUCGCUCAUUCAAUAGUUUUAAGGACCCAUGGCCCACCAGUCCCUUGUACAAGCCCAGCGCAGAGGAAAACAAGUGGCGCCAGGACAUGCUGAACAAGAGCUGCGUUUCAGACGUCUCCCUCAAUGCGGAGAUCAGUCAUGUGGCGUCCAGCGACAGCGAAGACGAGGGCGAAAAGAGACGGGGGCGAUCGGGAGCCUUCAAUACGCCCCGGGCGUUUGACGACAACACUAAAACCACACGGAGGUCAUUGGACAUUAUACCCCCCGCCGACUACAACACCCCAAGAUUCCUCCGCGAGGGCUUCAUAGACACCCACUGCCACCUGGACAUGCUCUUUUCGCGGCUGCAGCACAAGCGGUCUUUCGCCGACCUCCGCCAGCAGUGCGCCGCCACUUUCCCUUCGGAGUUUCAGGGCUGCAUCACGGACUACUGCGACCCUCGCACGUUGGAGAGGCUUCCAUGGCGGCACGUGCUGAACGAGAACCUGGUCUGGGGGGCGUUCGGGUGUCACCCUCAUUUCGCUCAAUAUUAUAACAACGAACUGCAGGAGGAGGUGAUGCAGGCUAUGCGGCACCCCAAAGCCAUCGCCUAUGGGGAGAUGGGUUUGGAUUAUUCCCACAAAUGUUCCACAACAAUGACGGAGCAGCAUGAGGUGUUCGAGAAGCAGCUGAAGCUGGCCGUGCCUCUGGGGAAGCCUCUGGUCAUUCAUUGUCGGGAUGCGGACGAGGACCUGUUCAGGAUCAUGAGGAAGUGGGUUCCCUGGGACUACAAGAUACACCGACAUUGCUUCACCGGCAGCUACAAGGACAUCGAACCUUUCCUGAGCGAGUUUCCCAACAUGUCCGUCGGUUUCACCGCCGUCCUGACGUAUUCAUCAGCGACAAGCGCCCGGGACGCGGUGACUCGGAUCCCCCUGGACAGGCUGAUCAUAGAGACGGACGCUCCGUUCUUUGUACCUAGACAGGUUCCUAAAAGCCUGUGUAAGUUUUCACACCCGGGUCUCGCCCUGCACACCGUCCAGGAAGUCGCCCGGCUCAAGAACUUACCCGUGAAAUCCGUCAUGGCCAAAGUCCGCGAGAACACCCACCGGCUGUAUAAUAUAUAAGUGCCUCAGUACCCGGGGG